UUUAAAUGCUUCAAAUUUAAAUCAAUUAAAUCAUGAAUAGUAUCAAAAUUGAUAGUUCAACAAAAAUAGUUAUUGAAUAUAUUGACAAACUCCGCAAUUGCUCAAAUGAAAAACGACAAAAAGUAUCAUCAGUCAUUCGUCCAGUUGACUUUCCCGGUAUCUCAACUCAGCAGCUUUGUGAUAUUUUGAUUCGGUUUGCUUAUAAUGGAACAUAUAUCGAUGAUGUUUUCCGGGACCAUCUUCUCAAACUUGUCGUAGAUAAGUCAAUCACCUGGAAUCAAGUCAUCCACAGUGUGAUAAAUACAAAAACAGAUAGAAUUUAUUCGAAAUGUUUGCAAUGCGAAUUGAUCCGGGAAAUGGUCAACUAUGUACAAAUCAAGUCAUUUUCUGAUAAAUUGCAUGCAGAUGAGCUUAUUUCGAUUAUGAAGCCGACUGUUUUCUUCCUCGCGCAACUGAUACAAGAUGUUCUUUCUGAUGAAGAUGAGCUGGAGAUGAUACAAAUUGAGUAUGGGGACGUUCGUAAAGCUUACUACAAACCUUUGGAAGCUCUCAGCGCAUUCAUACACGAUGAUCUUUGUAGCUCACUUCUAGCAUUUUCCGAAGCCUCUGAAAUCACUCAUCAGCUUGAGCUCUGUCGUGAUUCAUUCUCAAAACUUCGUUCACCUGACAAAUCAGCAACUACAUUGGUGGAAAUGCUUAUCGAAAGACAUAUUGAAAAAUGCAAGCCUGUAAAAUUCCAAUACAUCCCUGAAGGAAUCGCUUUGUUCGAUUUGAAAAAUCCUUCCAUUCGCAUUUUGAUCCCCAUUUUUGCUUGCUUCAAAAAUCACGAAAGCAGUAAACUGAUGGCUGAAACUAUUCAAACUUUUGCUGAAAUAAUGCGAUUCUAUGGUCCAGAUGUGAUUUUUGAUAUUCUUCAUGGAGCAAUUCUAUUGAAAUGUGAAGAAUCAAUGGAUUUAUUACACUUUCCAAAACAACAUCGUGCUGACUUUCGAUGGCAAUCCACAACAUUUUUCUACAAAAAAUUACCUCAAAUUAUUGAAUAUUUGAUUCGAAGUGAAAAACUUACCGUAGCUGAAGUUCAAUUUGGAUUGGAAAAGGCUUUGACUGAUUUGUCAAUGAUGUUUGACGCUGCUGACGUUGCCUGGCAGAAUGCAUCAUUUCUAACAUUAUUGAAUGAAUUAGAACCAGUUCUCGGAAAAACCAUUACGGAUCCGUUACGUCUACGACGGAGAGAGCACAUGAAGACAAAUGAUCAGCUUCUUCCAUUUGCUGAUACAGAUAAUCAGCUUAUCGAGAAUACUGAUAUUGAUAAAUUACUCAAUGCAGUUAAAGAAGUGAUGAAUCUACAAUUUGGACAAACUGAAGAAUUUAGCAAAUUGUUCGUAGAUAAAGUGAAAACUGGUCAAACUGACAAUUUUGAUGCAAUAACAUCAAUUCUUAUAACUGAAGGUCGACUUAUGGAAGUUGGAAAAGCAUUUGUAUUGAAAAAUGUAGAAGCUCAAAGAUCUUCAGCUGUUGGUGUGAAUGAGAGAAUUCAAAUAUUUGAUGAUACAUUUAUUUUGCUGUCAAGAAUUUUAAUCAAAAAUCCUAGUGUGUCUAUCAAUAUGUUUGUGAACGGUGGACCCGGGAAAUCUGACGCCGAACAGACGAUGUUUUACAAAUGGUCAAUGAGAUAUGUGAAGCGUGUUGCAAAACAUCGAGAUCCUGAACCAAAAGACGAAACAGAGUACAUUGCUCUACGAAAGGAAGUUGAGAUGCUUAUGCGAUUGGCGAAUGCAGAAGUUGGAAUUGAAGAUGAUCUUGAGAAUGAUGUAGAAGAAGAGAUGCCAGAAGUACAAGAACCAAAUAUUGAAACUCAAAAUGUCGAUGAAAUUUCAAUUCCCGAUCCAUUGCACCUUCUUAUUGAGAAUGAUCCCACUGUCACUGCGGAAUCUAAAGAGACAGAAGAAGUGAAAUUCAAUCCGGAAGGAGUCGAGCAAAUGGAUACAAACGAAAAACCAGCUGAAAUAUCAGAUUCACUAAUUGAACCAACUCUUUUAGAAGAACCAAAAGAUAUAUUGGAGAAUAUAAUAGUGCCAAUUAUAAAAGUAGAAGCUCCAAAACCAGACUCUCCAAUCAAAAAGAAAAAAGAUCCAGAUGUAACGUGGCAUGAAGUUCAUUGUCCUCUUCCAAGAAUUUCAAGAAGAACUGCUAGGGCUUAUUUGGCUCAAAUGAAAGAAGGAAUUCCUUUUUGGAAAACUGAUGAUCCGAAUUUGAAUAUUGGUUCCAUAUUGGCAGCUAUUCCACGUCUCGGACAAUUGUUGGUGGAUGAGCAUGAAGAGAAAAGGAAUCGAAUUGAUAGAAAAUCAGCAGAAGAGAAUAUGACUAAUAUCCUUCAUGCUAUCGAAUCGAUGCCUAGUCUGUUCCUUUGCCUUCUCGAAUGGUUGGAUUGUGAGCCAGAAUCAGGUGCACGAACUUCAUUAGCCUUCACGAUAAACUUGUCAUUGGAGAGGUAUCUAGCAGUGUCAACUCAUGGAAUCAAUUACAUGAAGUGGAUAUUCAUAAAGUCUACUGUGCAACAAAUGAUUGAUGAGCUAGUUGACAAGAGUCCAGCAUUCCCAGAAGUUACCUGUACGGCUUUCAGCACUGCUCGUAGAUUCUGUCCAUUUGUUGGAAGAAAUGAGAAUCCCGAUCAGCUGAAAUUGAAGCAUGCAUGGUACUAUAUGAGACAACAGGCAUGGGCUAGUCCUCACGCUUUAAGACUAUUGGAACAUGCUAACACUGCUAGAGAGUACGACGUUUGGUCUCAUAUUUAUAUCAGUAAAACUAUUAAAAGCGGAUGUGGAGAUAUAAUGACAAGCUCAGUCGACAUGAUCUUCUCAUUUUUAAUGUUGGAUGAUCUCAAUUCCAUUAUUAGAAUUCAUGAAAGUUUGAUGGCAUUUUGGUUAAGUGAGGAUGCAGGACAAUGUCAAGCUGAUGGAAGGUUUGACCCAUUGUCUAUUAGAGUUGUGAUUCGGUUAAUGACACAGGUUCUUCUGAUUGCUGAAUGGACUCUUGAUCGUCUUUUGAACGAAGAUCCAGCUUUUGUUGAACGUCUUAACCUGAAAGAAGUAAAAGCUCCUGAACCAGAAGAUCCUGAUAAAAGAGAAAAAUGGAUAUUCUUAUUGAGAAGUAUGCUCGAACGAACUAUCAAUAGAUUCUUCAAAAUUGUUCGAAAAGGACUCCUUUCCAACGUGGUCAAUACCAUCAUUCAACUUCUCAAAUCAAUUGCUGGAUCUGCUGAUUGCAAAGCAAAGCGUCUUCUGGUCAAAAGAAUACCUCCAGACUUGAUAUUUCAAUUGGCAUACAUCGAACCAUCUUCUGUUGACUAUUCACUGAUGAACAUCUAUUGUGAUCCGGAUAACAAGGAGCACACACAAACGAAGAUUAUGUUCCUUUGUGCUUUACGAAGAUCACAAAGUUUUAGUUUUUGAAAAUCUCAAUUUCGACGUGUAUUUUUUAACUAUUCAGGAGGGCUAUGAAAAAUUGAAUUUAUUUAUUAUAAUCGUAUAAAUAUGUAAAUAU